AUGGAAUACAACAUGUUUGGCAUCCCGUACGUCGGUGCUGACAUCUGCGGGUUCUUUGGCAACGCCGACGCGCAGAUGUGUCGUCGCUGGCAGCAGCUGGGGGCCUUCUAUCCGUUCUCACGGAACCACAACGCAGAGAACAACGUGCCGCAGGAUCCUGCGACGUGGGGAGAGGAGGUUGCUAGGGACGCUGCUCACUGGCUGCGCGUGCGCUACGACCUGCUACCCUACCUCUACACGCUCUUCCACAGAGCGCAUGCGCACGGCGAGACCGUCUUUAGACCGAUGUUCUUUGAAUGGCCGACCGAUCAGGAGACGUGGGGAGUGGACGAGCAGUUCCUGUGGGGUGAUUCCAUCCUCAUAGCCCCCGUUCUUAAUCCGCCCCCGUUCUUAAUCCGCGUGGAGGAGGCGGGUAAGAUCGCAUUCCGAGUGUUCCCGAGCAGUGGAAGCAUCUAUGAGUCACACGCCAAAGGCACGUUCUUCUGGGACGACGGUGUCUCCAUAGAUACGUAUGAAAACGGUCACUACUUUGAAGCGUUUACGUUCUACAAGAAGUCUAAGUUUACGCUGACGGUGAGUCAUAGCGACCCUGAUGCUGCUGCCGCCACACUGCCCGUCAUAGACACACUGAUAGUGCAUGCCGUGAUGGGGGGCCAACCGAAAUACGUACUAGUCAACGGCGUAGCUAGGGAUGAUGUAACGAUCACCUGGACCGAAUUUACGGAGACUGUGCGGGUAGACGGUCUAGCGGCACCGAUACACGAACACCUGACCGUGGAAUUCAGGUGA